UAAUGCAGUGUCGAUUGGCAGCGCUUUACUUAUUUCAUCCUGUUGCACGAAACUGGACUUACCAAAAGCGUUAAUUGUCGCUGUCCUGGAAACUUAGUGCUUCCACACGCCAGGAAAAGACAGAGGCGCCUUACUUCAUUGAAUGCAGAAUCUGUUUUGUCAGUCAUUAAAAAGAACACUUCUUGGCCACAUGCAGGUCACCAUGAGGAAGAGUUUCAGUUGUCAAUACUGUGACAAAGCUUUCAAGAACAAACAUGAACUGAUAGCCCAUGAAAGAAUACACACUGGAGAAAAACCAUUCAAAUGUCAGCACUGUGAUAAAACGUUUACCCAAAAAUCACACUGUGUGAGACACGAAAAGACUCACACUGGAGAAAAACCAUUUAAAUGCCAGCACUGUGAUAAAACAUUUGCCCAUAAAGCACACUGUUUGAGACAUGAAAAGACUCACAUGGGAGAAAAACCAUUCAAAUGCCUAUACUGUGAUAAAAGAUAUAGUCGUAAAGAACACCAAGCAGAACACAUGAAAACUCACACAGGAGAAAUACCAUAUAAAUGCCAGUAUUGUGACAAGGCAUUUACCAUGAAAAGAAGUUAUGUAAAACAUGAAAAGAUUCACUAUGGGGAGAUAGUUCACCCUCUGCAGUGGUGUGAUACAUGUAAGACGUCCAUGACACAAACACAUAGUAAAGCAGAAUCAAGGGUUCACGCUGGAUUUAAAUCUCUGAGAUGUCAGCAAUGUGACAAACCUUGCAAGCCAUGCAGUGAGAAACAGUUUUGUGGAAGGACCUUUGUAAGUAAACAAGACUGCAUACACCAUGAAAGAAUUCACACUGGAGAGAAACCAUACCAAUGUCAGUACUGUGGUAAAACAUUUGCUGCUCGACAGACUUGUUUGCAGCAUGAAAGGAUCCACACAGGAGAGAGGCCAUUCAGGUGCAAGCAUUGUGAUAAAGCUUUUGCUCAGAGAAGGACUUGUUCUGAACAUGAGAAGACUCACACUGGUGAGAAACCCUUCAAGUGCCAGUUUUGUGACAUGAGCUUUGCUGAAAAGAAUACUAAGGUUCACCAUGAAAUGAUUCACACAGGGGAGAAACCAUACAAGUGUCAGUUUUGCCAGAAGGCAUUCGCACAAAGAAAAGGUUGUGUCAAUCAUGAGAAAAUUCAUUCAGGUGUAAAAGGGUUCAAAUGCCAACACUGUUACAGAACUUUUUUCCAGAAAAGAUCAUGUGUUGUACAUGAAAAGAUUCAUGAAGAAGAGAGGCCAUACAAGUGUAAGUAUUGCCCCUCUGCAUUUAACUUCAGCCGGAAUAAAAUCAGACAUGAGAAGAGACACGAAAUGGAAACUACAAGGUCGCUCAAAAAUAAACAAAAAACUGUAAACAAGCCAUUUAAAUGCCAUAUCUGUGGAAAAGCAUUUGCCCAUAAAAGAUCUUGUAAAAGACACAAAAACAAUCAUCCUGAAGAGAAACAUUACAAAUGCCAGUUCUGCCAAGUAUCAUUUGCCUUUGACAGCAGUAAGAGAAGGCAUGAGAAAAGACACCAGGAACAAAAUGCUCACCCUCUCAGUGUUGAACAAGUGACGGAUAAUGGCCUUUAUACAUGCUCUGCUCCUGAGACUGCUUCAGGGGACCAGAAUGAAUAUGAAACCCAGGAAGAUGACACAGUCAAACUGAGCACAAGGGGCAACCUUAGUUGUGAAUCUGAAGAAGUCAGUAGCAAAGAAACAAAAGUAAAGUUUGAAAGCAAUGUAACAUGUGACAAGCAAGUGGGUGGUGGAGAUGUUGGUAUAAAGCAGGAAUUGUGGGAAGUAUGCACCUGUUCCCAUGACAACGUGGCAGUGGUCAAACAGGAAAACUUGAUAGUGGUCAAACAGGAAAACUGGUGGUAUUGCCAUAAGCGUUGUCGCUAUUAUGGAAACAUAGUGCUUCCACACGCCGGGAAAGACAGAACAUUUCCUGAUCAUAUGCAGGUAGCCAUGAGGAAGAGCUUCAGUUGUCAAUACUGUAACAAAGCUUUCAAGUACGAACAUCAUCGUAUAUCCCAUGAAAGAAUCCACACUGGAGAAAAACCAUUCAAAUGUCAGCACUGUGAUAAAACAUUUGCCCAAAAAACUCACUGUUUGAGACAUGAAAAGACUCACAUGGGAGAAAAACCAUUCAAAUGCCAGUACUGUGAUAAAAGAUAUAGUCGUAAAGAACACCAAGCAGAACACAUGAAAACUCACUCAGGUGAAAAACCAUAUAAAUGCCAGUAUUGUGACAAGGCAUUUACCACGAAAAGAAGUUCUGUGAAACAUGAAAAGAUUCACUAUGGGGAGAUAGCUCACCCUCUGCAAUGGUGUGAUACAUGUACUAGUAAAACGUCCAUGACACCAAGACAAAGUAAAGCACAAUCAAGGAUUCAUGCUGGAUAUAAAUCUCGGAGGUGUCAGAAAUGUGACAAACCUUGCAAACCGUGCGGUGAGAAACAGUUCACAUGUCAGUUUUGUGGCAGGACCUUUUUUGGUAAACAAGACUGCAUACACCAUGAAAGAAUUCACACUGGAGAGAAACCAUACCAAUGUCAGUACUGUGAUAAAACAUUUACUGCUCGACAGACUUGUUUGCAGCAUGAAAGGAUUCACACAGGAGAGAGGCCAUUCAGAUGCAAGCAUUGUGAGAAAGCUUUUGCUCAGAGAAGGACUUGUUAUGAACAUGAGAAGACUCACACUGGUGAGAAACCCUUCAAGUGCAAGUUUUGUGACAUGAGCUUUGUUGAAAAGAAUACUAAGGUUCGACAUGAAAGGAUUCACACAGGGGAGAAACCAUACAUGUGUCAGUUUUGUCAGAAGGCAUUCACACAAAGAGGGGGUUGUGUCGAGCAUGAGAAAAUUCAUUCGGGUGUGAAAGGGUUCAAAUGCCAACACUGUGACAGAGCUUUUUUCCAGAAAAGAUCAUGUGCUGAACAUGAAAAGACUCAUGGGAAGGAGAGGCCAUACAAGUGUAAGUAUUGCCCCUCUGCAUUUUACUUCAGACAGAAUAGAUUCAGACACGAGAAGAGACAUGAAAUGGAAUCUACACAAUCACUUAAAAAUAAACAAAAAAAUGUAAACAAGCCAUUUAAAUGUUAUAACUGUGGAAAAGCAUUUGCCCUUAAAAGAUCUUGUAAAGAACAUGAAAAGAAUCAUUUGGAAGAGAAACGUUACAAAUGCCAGUUCUGCCAAGCAUCAUUUGCCUUUGACAGCAGUAAGAGAAGGCAUGAGAAAAGACACCAGGCACAAAAUGCUCACCCUCUCAGUGUUGAACAAGUGACAGAUAGUGAUGUCUGCCUUAAUAAAUGCUCUGCUCCUGAGGCUGCAUCAAAGGACCAGAGUGAAUAUGAAAUCCGGGAAGGUGACACAGUCAAACUGAGCACAAGGGGCAACCUUAGUUGUGAAUCUGAAGAAGUCAGUAGCAAAGAGACGAAAGAGAAGUUUGAAAGCAAUGUAACAGGUGACAAGCAAGAGGGUGUCGGGAAUAUUGGUACUAGUAUAAAGCAGGAAUUGUGGGAAGUAUGCACCUGUUCCCAUGACAACGUGGCAGUGAUCAAACAGGAAAACUUGAUAGUGGUCAAACAGGAAAACUAGACAAUGGUCAAACAGGAAAACUGGACAGUGGCCAAACAGGAAAACUGGACAAUGGUCAAACAGGAAAACUAGACAAUGGUCAAACAGGAAAACUAGACAAUGGUCAAACAGGAAAACUGGACAAUGGUCAAACAGGAAAACUGGACAAUGGUCAAACAGGAAAACUGGACAGUGGCCAAAUAGGAAAACUAGACAAUGGUAAAAACUAAACAGUGGUCCAACAGGAGAUUUGUCUCACUUGGUCCAGCUAAACAGGAUGCUGAGGACAGAGUUCUGCCCUUCCUAUGAACUAAAACUUCAAUUCUUUAUAAACAAAACCAUGUAAAAGAAACCUGUCCAGUUGAUUUCAAAGAAAUAGUCAUGAAAGAUAACGAUCUCUUAUUGCUUUGAUGAUCAUUAUUGAUUCCAUCUGUUCACAACAUCUUGUAAAUAUUGAGCUGAAAGUUAUCAUAUCAUAAUCAGUGGUCAGUGUAUAAGAGAAUGUUUAAAACAUAGGAUUAUUAUAAUUAUCGUUUAAUUGAAGCUCAUUCUAUAUUUUAAUACUUAGAAAAGGUUUAAAACAUGUUUUGCCACACAUCUGGAGGAAUAACUAGUGAAGAGGAUGCAAUUUUGGGUAUUUUUUCAGUAGGCCACAGUAAUACUAGUAAUGUAAUAUAAUAGUUAAUUAAACUUGUCCUUAUCUUUCUUUAAAAUAUGCAUAAGACAAAUCAGGAAGUAAAAUUCUGAGUGUUCUAAACUGAGUAGUUUCUGUUAUAUUGCCAUUGUAUCCUUGAUAAAACAAAGUAAACAGGCAAAUAUUACAAGAUGCUAGCUUGUUUCAGAAAACCAAAAAUGGAAUAACUUUAGA